AUUCAACAUCACAUUCUCACCAAGCAAAAACUUAACAUCUUUAGUUAAUUGUUGUGACGUAGCUACAAACAUCAAUAUUCAAAAAUGGUUCUCCAAAAUCAACUUGGGCACCAUCAAGCAUUCUCUCAUGAACACAACCACUAUUCCACGGAGAGCAACCAUGGACAAAUGAUGAGGCCUUUCACCAUGCCAUUUUCUCAGUCUACUCACAAUAAUCACAUGAUGGUGAGCCAACACAAUGGCGGAUAUUAUGGAAGCAAUGGCCACGGCCACAGCCAUGGCCAUAGUAACUAUGGAAGUCAUGGCCAUAUGCCACAUGAUUCAACAAACUUUUCAAGUAGCACAAGCAUGGUCCAUAAUGAUGGUGGCUAUGGUAGUGGGAUGAACCAAUCAUCCCACGCCCAUAUGUCGUCCAUGUCCAUGGGACAUCAUGGAGGCCAUGGUCAUGGUCAUGGACAUGGACUAGGUUAUGGUGGAAGCCACCAAAAUAGCUACAGUCAGAGCCAGAAGAUCAACUGGGCUCUCAAGAAUUUGGAUGACUAAAUUUGACACAUAUAUAUAAUAUGUGGUGAAAGUAAUAUUGUGUGUGUUUGUGGUAGUUACUUUGGCUAUAUGUAGCACAAAGGUUUGCUACCUAAAUAAGUAAACAAUCUGCUGCUAUCUUAAUUUAUAUUAUCUAUGUAUCUGCUUUAUCAUUGACUAAAAUGAUGAAUAAUUAAAAGUAUGUUUAUGAUUAAAA